UGUGAGAGAGAGUGUGUGUGUGUGUGUGUGUGUGUGUGUGAGAGAGAGUGUGUGUAUGUGUGUGCGUGCUGUCCCCCCGGGUUUUUGUUCCACAGGAAACAACACCUCAUUGAUGACAUCACACCUGAUAAACAGCAGAUGGGCAGUGUGUGUUCAUCAGAACAGGAGACUGCAGGGGGCGGAGAUCCUGCACUGUAAACACACACACACACACACCCCACACACACACACACACACCACACACACACUCUCUCUGCAGUGUGAGGAUGGAUGUCGGCGGGUGGAGUGUGUGGUGGGUGAUGGUGCUGCUGGAGAUCAGUCUGCAGACUGCAGCGAGUUCACUAGAUGCCAUCCUGCUGGGGAAUUCUGGGAAGAAGAAGGGAGUUCAGGACACAGGAAGUGAUGCUGCAGUUGUGCCUAAGCACUUCCUGUGGUGCCACUGCUAUCACCACUGCCCCGAGUCCACCAACAACACCUGCAGGACGGACGGGUACUGUUUCAGCAUGGUGGAGGAGGAGGGUGGUGCUGUGGUUCUGACUGCAGGCUGUUUGGGUCGAGUGGGCUCGGAGUUUCAGUGCAGGGACACUGGCAGCUCCCACCAGAAGAGGGUGCUAGAGUGCUGCACAGAUCAGGACUACUGUAACAGAGACCUCCACCCUGUACUGCCCUCUCUGAGCUCCCCAGAUGGAGAUAUUCACCUCAUUGCGCUGAUGAUCUCAGUCUCUCUGUGCACCUUCAUCUUCACCUUCAUCCUCCUCUUCUGCUACUUCAGGUAUAAGAAGCAGGUACCUCCUCCUCACUACAGUCUGGGUCUGGAUCCGGACCAGAUCUUUAUUCCAGCAGGAGAAUCUCUCAGCGACCUGAUCCACCAAUCACAGAGCUCAGGAUCAGGAUCAGGACUCCCCCUGCUGGUUCAGCGCACUAUAGGGAAGCAGAUUCAGCUGGUGGGGCAGGUGGGUAAGGGGCGGUACGGGGAGGUGUGGCUCGGCCGGUGGAGGGGUGAGAGGGUGGCGGUUAAAGUUUUCUUCACCACAGAAGAAGCCAGCUGGUUCAGAGAGACCGAAAUCUACCAGACUGUGCUGAUGAGACACGACAACAUACUGGGGUUCAUAGCGGCAGAUAUUAAAGGUACGGGCUCCUGGACGCAGCUGUACCUGAUCACGGAUUAUCACGAGAACGGUUCUCUGUAUGAUUACCUGAAGUCCACGGCGCUGGACGCCGCCGCCGCGCUCCGCCUGGCGCACUCUGCCGCCGCCGGGCUGUGCCACCUCCACACCGAGAUCUUCGGCACUCAGGGCAAACCGGCCAUCGCCCACCGAGACCUGAAGAGCAAGAACGUCCUGGUGAAGAGGAACGGGUCCUGCUGCAUCGCCGACCUCGGCCUCGCCGUCCGCUUCCUCAGUGACAGGAACGAGGUAGACGUUCCGAUGAACACUCGGGUGGGCACCAAGCGCUUUAUGGCUCCGGAGGUUCUGGAGGAAACCCUGAAUCGGAACCACUUCCAGUCCUACAUCAUGGCCGACAUGUACAGCUUCGGUCUGAUCCUGUGGGAGAUCUGCCGCCGCUGUGUGUCUGGAGGUAUGGUGGAGGAGUACCAGCUGCCGUAUCAUGAAUACGUUCCUACAGAUCCGUCUUAUGAGGACAUGAGGGAGAUCGUCUGCAUCAAGAGAAUCCGGCCGCCGUUCCCCAACCGCUGGACCAGUGAUGAGGGUUUACAGCAGAUGGGGAAGCUGAUGGCGGAGUGCUGGGCUCCGAGUCCCGCCUCCCGGCUCACCGCACUCAGAGUGAAGAAGACGCUGGUGAAGAUUUCACAAUCACACGACAUUAAACUCUGAGAGUCACCAGCACUAACACCACGUCAACCCCCCUACUACACCCACAACCACCCCAGAACUCAGGAGACUCUGAACUGAACAGUGGAACAGGAGAACAGGGGAACAGGGGGACAGGAGAACAGUGGAACAGGGGAACAGUGGAACAGGAGAACAGUGGUACAGGGGAACAGUGGUACAGUGGAACAGGAGAACAGGGGAACAGGGGGACAGGAGAACAGGGGGACAGGAGAACAGUGGAACAGGAGAACAGGAGAACAGUGGAACAGGAGAACAGGAGAACAGUGGUACAGAGGAACAGGAGAACAGUGGUACAGUGGAACAGGAGGACAGGAGAACAGGGGGACAGGAGAACAGGAGAACAGUGGUACAGAGGAACAGGAGAACAGUGGUACAGUGGAACAGGAGAACAGUGGAACAGAGGAACAGGAGAACAGUGGUACAGAGGAACAGGAGAACAGUGGUACAGUGGAACAGGAGGACAGGAGAAUAGGAGAACAGUGGUACAGAGGAACAGGGGAAUUGUGGAACAGGAGGAGGUGGAGCCGGAUUCUGGGUGGAGUCUUUGGAGAACUACCAACCGGAUGCAGAAGACAGAGAGACAGACAGAGAGAGACAGACAGAGAGAAAAUGCAGGAGAAACUGAGUAUUUUCUCUCUCAUUCCGUCCAGAUCAUCUCAUACUCCUCCACACUGUUAUCAAUACUUCUAAAACUAAACAUCUGCAGAUUCUACUGAGAGAAAAGAAUUAAAAUUUACUGAAUUAAA